ACAUGUUAACCUGUGUCUACAAAGUCACACACGAGCUGAUAUUUUCCGGUGUGUGGUACAUACUACGUCACUUCCGUGCACGUGCUCUGAAACAUCUGCCUUAAAAGGUCAACCGUCAAGCGAAGAUGCGCAGAAGACAAGAAAGAGGAACGAGUGAGGUAUUGAAAGCAACUGUGGUUUAAGAGGAAGUGUCUCUGAAAGAGAGUUCAGAGUUGGACCUCUCCUUCGCAGUAUAUGGACAGUUCAGACAAAAACGAAAUUCUGCUACUCAAUCCUGGAAAACCAAGAACUGAAUAAAGUGACGAAGAACCAUUUGAUAGCAGGACAACAAUCUUUUAGUGGCUCAGAGACCAAAAGCAACGAAACAAGAGCCAUAAAAAUGUUCCCCUGCCCCCAGUGUGGAAGGAGCUUCACACAAAGACAAAACCUGAAGAUUCACAUAAGAAUUCACACUGGAGAAAAGCCAUACGAGUGUCACCUGUGUGACAAGAGCUUCUCGGAUCCCAGCAACCUCAGAGAUCACAAACUCUCUCAUUCUGGAGUGAGAGCUUUUGGCUGCGAUCUCUGUGGGAAAUAAUUCAUGAUUUCUUCACACCUGAAAAGACACAUGAGGAUCCACACAAACGAGAAGCCACACUUGUGCUCGAUUUGCGGGCAGAGUUUUUCACGCAUGGACCAUUUUAAAGAGCACCAGAAACUGCAUGCCGAUGUGCGAGCUCAUGUGUGCACCGAGUGUGGAAACUCCUUUAAUUUGGCCAGUCAUUUGAAGGACCACCAAAAACGUCAUACUGGAGAGAAACCUUAUAAGUGUUCACACUGUGGAAAAAGCUUCUCUCAGUCAGGAUCUAUGAAGAAACAUGAGAGAAUUCACAUUGGAUUGAAGCAAUACAUAUGUUCUUCAUGUGGGAAAACCUUCACCCAAUCGAGUGCUCAACUGAAACAUGUAAAAAAGCAUUGCCCGAUGUUGAUGCUUUAUCAAAUGAAAUGAGUGUAGUUAACUCAAAAUUGACUGAAAGUUAAUUCUACUCAUUUGAAGAUUUUUGAACUCAGUGUUGAAUGUAAUGAGUUAAUUAAGUACCUUAUUAUGUCAACUUAAAUAGAGUAAGUUCACAGUACUCAUAGAGAUUAGUUUUUAACUCAAAUGGUUUGAGUUACCUUAACCUAUUGGGUUUCACAGUGUAAUAAUACAAAUGCAGUUCUUAUAGCUCAAAGGUAAAGUCAUAUUAUGUUGCAGUGUAGUGUGGGUGCUUUUUGAUUUGUUUGGACCUGAAGAUGAUUUUAUUCAUUAAAGUGUGAAGUUAACACAUAUAAGGGACAUUCUUCCAGAAACGUACAUUAUCUGUCCCUGAAAUAAACACACAAAUACAGUGAAUAAAAAGUAUUUCAUCUAAAA